CCCCCCUUUUGGCUUGGUAAUACGCCACCUGGGUGUCCCGUUACUUUAAACUCCAAGCCCCUCUGCCGUUGGGAUGAUCUCACACCUGGCGUCAUCGAUCUUCCACCUUCACACGAUGAAUCGCACUCGAUCGGGUGUCCCAUUCGACUCGCAGGCCGUGUCUUCGGAUAAUAACGACCAAAAACCGGACGUUGACACCCAGACCUCGCUGGCGCCACCUCCGCGUCCAGCUCCAACCACUGCCAGUGAUACCCCGGAUUACUUCAACUCCGUUCACAAUCCAUUCUCCCUGGAGCCCAACCCCUUUGAGCAGUCCUUCGGCACCGGCUCAGGCGAGACUCCCGGCAAGUCGCUGCUUCCACCCGUCGCCUCACUCACCUCACCUGCCAUACCCGGUGCCAGCUCCGGCGGCGGCUACAACUGGACUAAUUCCCUGCGAUCGGGGCCUCUGAGCCCUGCCAUGCUACCCGGCCCGACUGGCUCUAAUGACUACUUCGACAACAUCGGUCGCGGCUUUCCCACCCCGAACGAAUCCUCCCUCCGCACCGGAUUGACCCCUGGUGGCGGUGGUUCUAUGUUCCCGGCCCCCAGCCCCAACUCCCAGGCUUUGCUGCAACAACUUCAGAGCGGUGGCGCGACCCCGUCGACCAUUGAGUUCCACCGCACCGCGUUGGCGGCCAAGAAGAAUAGCGGCUCGAAUGCCCCCACCUCUAACGCCAAGCUGGAGGAACAAAGUGUCCCUAAUACCACGAUGGAUACAAAAGCUGCCCAGGCCGCUUCGGACCCUUUCACUCAGCACGAUGCUGCUGAUGCCGCCAACGGUCUCUUCAUGUUGGCCAAGGGCGGCCAGGCGAAUAACAUGCAGAUGAACCAAGCUUCCGCAAUGCAGAACGAGACCCGUGCUGCCGCUGCCCGUCGCGUAUCACUAAACACCAACGGUACCAGUGGCCAAGAAAUGAGCGCCGACGCUUCCGACCAGGAGCCCACUAAGCCUGCUAAGGGCAAAGGCAAGAGGAACGGCCCCAAGCCCGCUGCCGCCAACAACCGUCGCAAGGCCGAUGAUGCUGGCAAGGGCCCUAAUAAGAAGGCGAAGACCAACAGCAUGAUGGAUUCGCCAUCCGAUAUGGAUUCCGAUGAUGAGGACAUGAAGAGACUGGGCGGCGACCCGAAGAAGAUGACUGAUGAGGAGAAGCGACGAAACUUCCUGGAACGGAACCGUGUCGCAGCUCUGAAGUGUCGUCAACGGAAGAAGCAGUGGUUGGCCAACCUCCAGGCCAAAGUCGAGCUCUUCACCACCGAGAAUGAUGCGUUGACCGCCACCGUGACCCAGCUCCGAGAGGAGAUUGUGAACCUCAAGACUCUCUUGCUGGCUCACAAGGAUUGCCCUGUCUCCCAGGCCCAAGGACUUGGCCCCCUGAUGAUGAACGGCAUGCAAUCUGGAUUUGACCCCCACGGCUACGGCAUGCCCCAAGGCAUGGGCAUGCAACCGGGUGCCCCGAUCCCCACCCAGGGCAUGCGCCGUUGAAGUUCGCUUCUUGGGUGAAAAUUCCAUUUCUCGCUAAACCGCAUGCAAGGAGAUAUUUAUCUUUGCUUAGAACCGGCGGUCACUUCUUUGUUCUCUAUAUGUUUUCGGCUACGGUUCCCGCCGAACCCCUUUUUGGCAUGGCCAGGUGUUUAUGAUCCUCACGACUCAAAAUGAACGGGACGAUUCCGUGGUCUGGGACGGAUGAAUUUCGUUAAAGUUCGAAUGGCGCGUAA